UAGGUAAAUUAACAUAAUGGAUUUCUCCAAGUUGCCCAAAAUUCGUGAUGAGGACAAAGAAAGCACAUUUGGUUUUGUGCAUGGGGUCUCAGGACCUGUGGUUACAGCCUGUGACAUGGCAGGUGCGGCCAUGUAUGAGCUGGUGAGAGUGGGCCACAGCGAGCUGGUUGGAGAGAUUAUUCGAUUGGAAGGUGACAUGGCCACUAUUCAAGUGUAUGAAGAAACCUCUGGUGUUUCUGUUGGAGACCCUGUACUCCGCACUGGUAAACCCCUCUCAGUAGAGCUUGGUCCUGGCAUCAUGGGAGCCAUUUUUGAUGGUAUUCAAAGACCUCUGUCGGAUAUCAGCAGUCAGACCCAAAGUAUCUACAUCCCCAGAGGAGUAAAUGUGUCUGCCCUUAGCAGAGAUAUCAAGUGGGAUUUUACACCCUGCAAAAACCUACGGGUUGGUAGUCAUAUCACUGGUGGAGAUAUUUAUGGAAUUGUCAAUGAGAACUCACUCAUCAAACACAAAAUCAUGUUACCCCCACGAAACAGAGGAACUGUAACUUAUAUUGCACCACCUGGAAAUUAUGAUACCUCCGAUGUUGUCCUGGAGCUUGAAUUUGAAGGUGUGAAGGAGAAGUUUAGCAUGGUCCAAGUGUGGCCCGUGCGGCAGGUGCGGCCUGUCACUGAGAAGCUACCAGCCAAUCAUCCUUUGCUUACUGGUCAGAGAGUCCUUGAUGCUCUUUUUCCGUGUGUUCAGGGAGGAACUACUGCUAUUCCAGGUGCUUUUGGCUGUGGAAAAACAGUGAUAUCACAGUCUCUGUCCAAGUAUUCCAACAGUGAUGUGAUCAUCUAUGUAGGAUGUGGUGAAAGAGGAAAUGAGAUGUCUGAAGUUCUCCGGGACUUCCCAGAGCUCACUAUGGAAGUUGAUGGUAAGGUAGAGUCAAUCAUGAAGAGGACAGCGUUGGUAGCCAAUACCUCCAAUAUGCCUGUUGCUGCAAGAGAAGCCUCCAUUUAUACUGGAAUUACACUGUCAGAAUAUUUCCGUGACAUGGGCUACCACGUCAGUAUGAUGGCUGAUUCUACCUCUAGAUGGGCUGAGGCCCUCAGAGAAAUCUCUGGUCGCUUAGCAGAAAUGCCUGCUGAUAGUGGAUAUCCUGCAUAUCUUGGUGCCCGUCUGGCCUCUUUCUAUGAGCGAGCAGGUAGAGUUAAAUGUCUUGGAAACCCUGAAAGAGAAGGGAGCGUCAGCAUCGUCGGAGCGGUUUCCCCACCUGGUGGUGAUUUUUCUGAUCCAGUUACAUCUGCUACUUUAGGCAUUGUUCAGGUGUUCUGGGGCUUAGAUAAGAAACUAGCUCAACGUAAGCACUUCCCCUCUGUCAAUUGGCUUAUCAGCUACAGCAAGUACAUGCGUGCCUUGGAUGAGUACUAUGACAAACACUUCACAGAGUUUGUUCCUCUGAGGACCAAAGCUAAGGAAAUUCUGCAGGAAGAAGAAGAUCUGGCAGAAAUUGUACAGCUUGUGGGAAAGGCUUCUUUAGCAGAAACAGAUAAAAUCACUCUGGAGGUAGCAAAACUUAUCAAAGAUGACUUCCUACAACAAAAUGGAUACACUCCUUAUGACCGGUUCUGCCCAUUCUACAAGACAGUAGGGAUGCUGUCUAACAUGAUUUCAUUUUAUGAUAUGGCCCGUAGAGCUGUCGAAACCACCGCCCAGAGUGACAAUAAAAUUACAUGGUCCAUUAUCCGUGAGCACAUGGGGGAGAUCCUCUAUAAACUUUCCUCCAUGAAAUUCAAGGAUCCACUGAAAGAUGGUGAGGCAAAGAUCAAGGCUGACUACGCACAACUUCUUGAAGAUAUGCAGAACGCAUUCCGUAGCCUUGAAGAUUAGAGCUGUGAUUUCUUCUUCCUCAGCAAGCUCAUAUGUGUAUAUUUUCCUAAAUCUCUCAUCUCAAACUCUCUGCCUCCAUAUUGUGCAGCUUUGAGACUAGUGCCUACGUGUAUUAUCAUUUGUUUUGCUGUUUAUUUGGUAGGUCUUAUAUAAAACAAACAUUCCUUUGUUCCAGUGUUUGAAGGGGUGCCCUGACUUUUAUCUGAAGUGGUGAAUAUAGUAAAUACGAUACAUAGUGGCUAUACUACUGUAAACUUGUGCAUAAGGUGACAACCCUUGUACUCAGUUUGCCCUUUCUUCAUCUUGAUUAAAUCAUCAACAGAACUACUGCAUGAACUCUUUUGGGAAUGAAAAGCCAGAUUUCUGUACAUUUUGACAGGUACUUUAGGAAAUGACUUGGUAUGUUUGUAGUAAGGUCACUUGCAGCUUAGUGUUCUGUUGAGUAACUUCUUUGCAGGACAUAUUUACAUUUAAAAACACUGAAGAUUACUGUUCUAAUUAUGCAUAAAUUCCCUAGUAUAAAUCAGGAGUAUUAUGGGAAACUUGGGAAAUACAUUGUUUUUAAAACAGGUGUUUGUGAGGCCAAGCAUAAUAGAUGUACCAGUUCCCUCUAAAAAUGCAGAAAUAAAAAAGAGCCAGCUUGUCAAAGUAACAUCAUCUUGUUAAAGCAUAUUUUAUUUCACUAAGAAAAAUUCCAGUAUCAAUGAUUUUUAUACAUACUCUAUUAAUUACUAGGAAAUUCUUUUUUUUUAAGUACAAUGAAAACAAUCAUUGAAAAUGUGAUCCUCAUCACAUCUUUUCUUUUCCUCAUGCUUCUUAGGAAGCUAAGCUUCUAAGAGUUAUGUGCCAGUGAGAUGGGCAGUAGAUGGGCAGGGAAGAUGGUGGCUUAAGGCAAUGUGCCCCUUUAGGAACCAGCUGGACUUGCAGUGAUUCUUGGCAUCAGAGUGGCAUUAUGUUUCUACAAGGCAAAGGCAUGUGUCUUGUGUUUGCAUGUUUGUUUGUUUGCUUGCUUGUUGAAUUUUUUAGAACAACCAGUUUACCAGUUGUAGAAAAUAUUACUUGUGUGUGUGUAUGUGUGUGUCUUUUUUUUUUUUUUUUUUUUUUUUUUUUUUUUUACCUCAGAAAGUUUCUCGGUACUCUGAGAAGUCAUAGCAGCAUGACAGUUUCCAUUCUGUUUAGUAAGGAUAAAAUUAAUUCUUAUAUGUACUGGUCUCAGAAACUUGGUCAUGUAAAAAAAAAAAAAAAGAAGAAAAAGAAAAUGAAAAGAUCAAUUUCAUCUUGCUAUUUCAGUAUGUUUAAAUAAAAGUUUCUCUGUUUGCAUAGUAAGGCCCACUGCAGAAAGCUUGGCAGGCAAGCCCCUCACUCACUCUUCGUGGUUGGCAGUGCUGGCACUGUUGCUUCUUUGGGAUCAGGAAACAGUAUGUGAACAUGCCUAACAGUCUCAAGUACACAAAUGUAAUAGCAUCAAUAAAGUAUUUAUUUUAUGCCUCCAUAUGUUAUUUAAAUUAUUAGACUAUGCAUUUCUUCUGGUCUGUUCAGGAUAGAUACAGUCAUUAGACAAUUCAAAUAUAGUGUGUGAAUGCUUACAGGCUACAUAUUUUUACACAGUGAGCUGCUAUUCUGGAAAGAUUCAUAUAACCUUUUUUUUUUUUAAACUGUUCAACAAUGUUGAGAGAUACAGAUUAUAAAAUGACUUGUUGAGAUGUGGACUUAAUGGUGCUGUUUAAUCAGUUUGCUUCCAAUGUGGCCUCCUACUCAGAGGCCCUGACUAGUGGAAUUUCAAAAGAUUUCAAAAACUUUCCAUUCCUACCUUAAACCUACCAGCAAACUAGGCUUGUGAUCAUAAUGACCGAUCCAAAGAAGGUACUUCACCAAGUUUGUUUUUUGUUGUCCUGGAUUUGAGGUGUACAUUCUUACUCCUUUUAAGAAUGUUGAUGUAUGAGUGUGAAGAUGCUAGAGAAAUAAUGCUCAGAUAUUCACUGUAAUUCUCCCUUCUUCCAUAUGUUGUAGAGUUUCAGAUUGUUCACUGAUAUUAUUUCUUUAGUGAGAAUGUGUUAAAAUUACAACAAUCUUUUAAAAAGAUUAUGCAGUUCUCUAUUUAUUGUGCUGUGCCUCAUUCUAAGUGCAGCCAGUUAAACAGUUUCAUAUGUAUUUUCCCAAUGUUAAAUCUCACACAUUACACCCUUUGGAAACUUCCUUCCAUCCUGAAGAAUGAAUAGAAGAGUCCAUGUAAAUUGCCUCCUUAUCCUUAAAUUUUCACUAUCUUUAUGUUAAGAGUAACAUAAUUAUUAAAAUCUAUGAAAAAAUAAAGUGGAUUUAAAUUA